AUGGCCUCAAUUUGUGCAACAGAUGCAACAGUAAUAGAACCAAUUCAUGCAACAGUGAAUGGUGGUAUACAUCCUCAAGGGGUUCCACAAGGAACUGCAGGUGGUAGUUUCCGAGAAUUCUUCCGCAUGAAUCCUCCUGAAUUCCAUGGUGGGUUGAAUCCUGUGAAGGCUCAGGAGUGGAUAACCAGCAUGGAAAGGAUUUUUCAAAUAGUGCUUCGUAGUGAAGAGAAUAAGGUUUUGUUUGCUUCUCACAUGAUGAAGGGUCCAGCUGUGAGAUGUUCUUUGAGGACUCAGAAAGAGUUUGAGUUUCAACAGCUUAGGCAGGGUACUAUGACAGUAGUUGCAUAUGCUGAGAAGUUCGAAGAUAUGGCUGCUUACUCUAGACAAGCCAUGUAUGCACCUGAUGAGAGGUGGAAGAUUGAUCAGUUUCUUUCUGGUCUAAGGGGUGAAAUUUCUCAUAGUGUUUCUCAAAGGGAAUUCACUACUUAUGAUGAAUUAUUAAGGCAAUGCUAUGUGGCUGAGAACAGUUUGAAGAAAGUUCAAGAAGAAAGGGAUCAGUAUAGGAGUAGACAGAGAGACCAAGGGAGGCCAGGUAGCCAGUUCAGGCCUAGACCUCAGGCUUUCAAAGGAAAACAUGUGCAACAUGCAAUACCUAACCAUCCACCUCAAUGUCAGGUGUGUAAGAAGUCUCAUUUUGGAAGAUGUGCUGGAAGUGGAGUUAGGUGUUUUACUUGUCAGAGGGAGGGACACAUGUCUAGGGAAUGUCCUCAGAAUAAGAAUCAGAUGCAGGGGAGGAGCACCAGUCGAGUUUACACUUUGGAUGCAAGGAAGGCUAAGAGCAACAAUUCCUUAAUUGUUGCAAUUCCAUUGUCUCCUCCUAUGGUGGUUACUACCUCCAUGGAUGAUGUAGUUGAGACACUGUUGAUUUGUGAAAAUUGUUCGCUCUCGGUGAAUGGUAGAAUUUUCCAGAUUGAUCUCAUUUGUUUACCACUUAAGAAGGUUGAUGUGGUUUUGGGGAUGGACUGGAUUUCCGCCAAUUCGGUGUUUAUUGGAUGCGAAGAGAAGUUGAUUAUCAUUCCAUCUAGUGAAGCUACUCCAAAGAAUGUAUUAACUACUAUCUUGGAAGGUACGGUUGGCAUGGUUAAUUUCUUAUUUGAGAAGGAAAAGUCAGUUCUCUUGGUACUUACCAAGGAAUCUAGAGAUAAUUUGAGUGUUACGCAAAUUCCUAUCAUUUGUGAAUUUCCAGAAGUUUUCCCUGAGGAUGUCACCUCUCUUCCUCCUGAAAGGUAA